AUGUCUGGACCACGGCAACAUGCCAGCUUGACGAAAGACGAAGAGACAAAUGCUGCCGCCUGGGAAGCUGCGAGAGGCGCAGGAUGGGGUGCUACGAAGUGGGGCGCUUUCUCGGUCGUAGCAGGUGGCGUCGCCUACGCAUUAUCUCCCGUAUACCGCGGUCUGACCAUCCAGUUCAAAGUGUACAUUCAGAUGUCAGGUAUGAUCCUCGGAUCGAUGAUUGAAGCCGAUAAGCGCAUGAUUGCCUACGAGCACCACGUGCGGCAUCAGAAGCGGCUGCGGCGCGACAUGGAAGUGUGGCGGCGGUACGAGGAAGACUUCGAAGCAAAAGGGACGCCAGGUGUCGGUGCAGAGAGCAAUGUCAAGGGCAAGGGUCCAGACGUAUAA